AUGACAGAGAUAAUACUAGAUGAACCAUUAUCACCAGCUCACAACUCAUUUUUAGAUGAAGAAGAUGACGAAUCACACAAGUGCAGAAGAUGUGAUUUACCGAUAUCUGAGGGACACGCUUAUGAAUUAGGUGGUGAUAGAUGGCACAUGUACUGCUUCAGUUGCUCAAAGUGUUCAAAGUUAUUAGGCACAAGCUCAAAUUUCUUGGUUUUGGGUACUGGUGAUCUGAUAUGUUCUGAAUGUUCUUAUGCUUGUAACGCCUGUGGUAAAAAGAUUGAUGAUUUGGCUAUUUUGACUGGUGAACAAGCUUAUUGCUCUUCAUGUUUCUGCUGUCGUAAUUGUAAGAAAAGAAUUGAAGAUUUAAGAUAUGCAAGAACUUCAAAAGGGUUAUUUUGUAUGAGUUGUCAUGAAAAAUUGUUGGAAAAGAAGAGAAGACAUGAU